UCAGUGAACCCGCUCUCCCCUAAUUCACAAACUGGGGUCAGGGGCCCCCUUCAGGUCUUUUAUAAGGAUUCUUGGGAUGAACUCAUUGCCACGGGUGCUGCUGGUGUUUUAUCUUCAGCUGUGGAUGGCUGAAUGGUGAGCCGUAAAAAAAGAAAAAGAAAGGAAGCUUCCCCUGGCAGGCAUCUUCCCCCUCAGUCAGUCUGACCGCCCACAGUCCGGGGGGAGAAAGUGCUGCUUUGUGAAUGAAGGGAGCGGCGGAGGGCAGAAAACAAACUUUACCAAAACCAUUUCCGACGUUUUCACUUCCAACCGGACACGUUUCGACGGUGCAACAGGCGACACCUGGCCGACUAGCAGUGAAGAAAACACGAAGCUCCCUUGCUGAGGUUAUUUCGGAGAAGCUGUAAAUCAUGGUGGUCAGUCUGGCCUGUGUGGCCUGUCUCUGCCUGGUGGUGGUAGUCCGAGGCGACCCCUGCCUCAUCAUCAGCGAGAUCAACGCUGACAACCCCCGACUGGACACCACUGAGUUCGUGGAGUUGUAUCACACGAGUGGACAACGCUCCUCCCUGGACGGCUACACCCUGGUGUUCUUUAACGGAAACGGAAACAUAGCCUACAAGGUGCUGGACCUCAAAGGCCACAGCACAAACGACAGGGGGUUCUUCCUGGUGGGCUCGGUGGACAUGUUGCCCAAACCCGCCAUCCUCCUGCCUCCCAACACCGUCCAGAACGGGCCCGACGCCAUCGUCCUCUACCACACGUCUGCAUCUCGCUACAACGAGAAGAUGAACGUCACCGCCUUCGGAAUGGUGGACGCCGUGGUGUACAUGACCCGGCGUACUGGAGGGGCAGAGUUCCUCGCUGAGACUCUGACCCCAGGUGAGCCGGCGUUUGUGGAGGAUGAAUCGACCCUGGAGGGGGACGAGUCCAUCGAGAGGUGCCUGCUGUCUGAAGAUCGCUGGGGCUUCCAGGUGUCCUCCCCCUCCCCGGGUCAGAGGAAUAACUGCACCCCUCCUGCCGCUCCAGCCACCAUCCCUGUGAUCACCGAGCUGAAGCUGGGAGGAGGGCAGGUGGACGGCUUCGUGGAGCUGACAGAGGCUCCGGCUGCGGGUCCUCUGGCGCUGGUUGUGUUGGACGGGAGAACGGACAGGGUCAGCGUGAGCGUGGACGUGAACUUGGAAACAUCCAGGAACGGGUUAAUCUCCGUGAACAUAGAGAAGAGCUUCAUGAAAGGAGAUGAUUCUGGGGCAGUGGCUAUUUACAGUGGCAGAGCCAUGGACUUCCCCCUGGGCAGUCCACUGAGCCAGAUUCAGCCUCUAGAUGCGUUUGUGUUUGCUGGACCUGGAAACAAGCCAAGCGCCAACCUCACUGAGACUCUCAUCCCCGGCAGAGAGCCCUACCAACUCAGCAACAGUUUAAGAGAGGGGGGCUACUAUCUGAGUCGCUGUGGUGUGGCCACGUGGGCCAGAGACCCUGGUGUCUUCUGGGAGGCCCCGCUGACCCCAGCUCAGCCAAACCAGUGCCCCUGGCCAAAGAUCUGCCCGCACAGCAUGGUGACUCCAGGAGGCACCGAUUCCCCUCCCCACCUCCCACCCUGGGGGAACAGUGACUUCCUGAUCAACGAGCUGAACACGGACACCCCCGGCGCCGCUGAGGACGGCGAGUACAUCGAGCUGUGGCACCCGUCGGGGCGCCGGGUGUCCCUGCAGGGCAUCUGGAUCCUGCUGUUCAGCGCGCACAACAACAAACCCUACAGGGAGAUCAGCCUGAGUGGACACUACACCACCUCUAAGGGCUACUUCCUGCUGGGCAGUGACAGGCUGGUGCCGGCCCCGUCGCUCCGCCUGCCCCCCAACACCAUCCAGAACGGGCCUGACGCUGUGGCGCUGUAUCGAAGCCCCUACGGCCCCCCGUCCGCCUCACAGAGGGGCAUCCCCACCAAAGGGCUCAUGGAUGCGGUGGUGUACCGGCAGAGGGGGUCGGAUAAGGAGGCGCAGGAUCUGAGUAAAGCUCUGACCCCGGGACAGCUCCCUCUGCUGGAGGACCCCGAGGUUCUGCCCGGAGACGAGGCCCUCAGUCGCUGCAGGGGCCUCUACCCGUACGACCUGUCCGCUUUCUCAGUGGCUCCGCCCACCCCUCUGAGGGAGAACAUCUGCCCCCGCCCGCCUCCCGCCCCUGAGGGUGUGGUCAUCAGCGAGGUGGCGAGCAGCCAUUGGACCAAUCACAACCAGCAGAGGAGCUUUGUGGAGCUGCACGGCCCCCCCAGGACGGACCUGCGGGGCCUGGUGCUCUCCGUGUUCGAUCAGGAGCACAGCGGCACCGUCAUCGCGAUGCCUCUCACCGGCUCUGUGGACGACGAUGGACUCUACGUGGUGGGAAAUGUCACCGGAGCAGAUCAGACGUUUCUGGAAGGUUCUUCAGUGCCGGCCCGAGGAGCGGUGGUCCUGUGCUACGACCUGUUCAGUGUCUGCAGAGCCGGCACAGCGCUGACCAACUCCAGCCUCAAAGACGUGCUGGUGUUCAGUGAAAACCAGCAGCUGCUCUCCUCUCUGUCAUCCAGCAGAGGGAGACAAGUGAUUCCAGCUGCCAGGUCAGUGGAAGACGGUCCCGUGUCGCUCAGCCGGUGUUCGUGCUGCGAAGUGAGGAGCCCCUCCUCCUGGACCACCUCCUCUCCCACUCCUCACAGCACCAACCUCUGUCCCAGCUCCGCCUUCUCCAGUCACAUCGACCUGUGCCUCGGCCCCCUGCCCAGCGACGCACAGCCGCAGCCGCCUGGAGAAUGCAGUGGUCUGAUCCAGGGGAAGAGGGUCGCUGAAGUGGCCGAAUACCUGGAGCAAAAGUGUCACUGUGGCAUCUCCGCCUUGUAUCUGCAAGGAGCCAACUUUUCCUGUGUGUCUGGAUGGCUGCGAGUGUGGGGGAACAUCCAGGCGCUGUCGGACCACCAGAAGGCCCUCAUCAUCCAGACGUCCCACACCAGUCCUUCAUCCGCUCAGGGAGACUUCUGCUCCGCUCCAACCACGGGACGCUACUCAGGCACAGCGUCCGCCCUAGGCUUACAGAUCGGGCUGAUCGUAGCGGUGCUCCUGCUGCUGGGACUGGGCGCAGCUUUAUUCACAUAUUUCUACAGGAGGAGGCGCCCCAUGGACUACUACACCAUGGAGCUGAGUGAGCACGCAGAGGGACUGUCAGAUCUAUAAUCCAGGCGUCUGGAGGUGCUCGUGUGCGUGGGAGGACUUCAUCAGAGGGAGCGGGCGGUAAUCAGAGGUUAAUCUGACCUAGAGGUUAAUCUGACCUAAACGUAACUGAUUAUGCGGUUGUUAAAAACAGGUUCCACCACAAGUGUCCUUCUGAGUGUCUUUUGAGUGGAUCCCUGAUUAAAUGACUCGGGAUUGUCUUGUUAACAGCCUAGUUGUGUCGAGUCUGUGCGGUAUAUUACAUGGCACUGUUGACAUUUCGACAGCAAUCCAUGAAUCUAAUAAGAAACGCCAGAUAAUACCAUAUUUUUAUAAAGGUCGAUGUGCAACCUUUGCCUGUGAACAGUGCUGGUUACUACUUUUAAAGGAAAAGGAAGACGAAAGGGAGCAUUUUCUUUUUAAUACUUGAGUCAUUUUUGUUGACUUGUUCAUGUUGUAUUUAAAAAUAUAAGAACCACCAUGCUAUGCAGGAAGCUCUAUCAAAAUAAUGACUUUCAUCACAUUCAGAUGUUAUAACCAAGAUAAUAUUUGUGACGCUCACAUUUAGUCUUCAAAACGGUCCACUUCCUGCUUCGCUCUCCUGCUACAUGCUGUAAAAACGUUAGGGCGUGAUUGUGUUUUUAAUGUGAAUGUCUUUAGCUAACAUGUGAUCAGCGUCUGUAACCACUUUUGUAUGCUUACUUCAAGCAAACUGUUUACAUUUUUCUUGAAUGGAAAUUAGAAAGGGAUGCGAGAGAGUAAAUGAAUAAAGCGUAUUUGUUUUUGAGAAAUGAAAAA